AUGGCGCCGAAGACGACGGCGGUCUGGUUCCGCAAGUGCCUGCGGCUCCACGACAACGCGCCGCUCGUCGAGGCGGCGAAGCGCGGCGGCCGGCUCCUGCCCAUCUUCGUGCUGGACCCGCACUUCGCGCGGCCGGAGUUCGUCGGCGCGCCGCGCUACCGCUUCCUGCUCGAGUCGCUCGCGGACCUCGACGCGUCGCUGCGGAAACGCGGCUCGCGGCUCUGCGUCGUGCGAGGCGAGACGGAGGCGACGCUCGACGGCCUCUUCGCCGGCGCCUGCGACGCGCUGCCCGGCGUCAAAGUGGACGCCAUCCUCUGGGAGGAGGAGCUCGUCGAGCCCUGGGGCGUCGCGCGCGACGCGCGCGUCGCCGCGGCGGCGAAGGCGCGCGGCGUCGCGGCGUCCGCCGUCGCGGGCGGCCACCUGCUCUUCGACCCGCGCGAGGUCCUCGGGGCCUGCGGCGGCAAGGCGCCGACGACCAUGCCGGCCAUGGUCAAGGCGGCGGCGGCCCUCGGCGCCGUACCGGCGCCGCUCGAUCCGCCCGCGACCCUGCCGCCGCCGCCCGACGGGCUGCCGGAUUCGAGCGUGCCGACGCUCGAGGCCAUGGGCUACGAGGCGCCGCCCGCGGCGGCCUUCGGCGUGGCCGGCGGCGAGUCCGCGGGCCUCGCGCGCCUCGAGGCCGCGCUCGCGCGCGACGGCGGCAAAUGGGCGCGCGCGUUCGAGAAACCGAAGACCAAGUCGACGAAGUUCGACGUCGACCCGUCGACGACGGUGCUGUCGCCCUACCUCAAGUUCGGCUGCGUGAGCGCGCGCCUGUUCCGCGCGAGGCUCGCGGACGUCUACGCGGGCGGUUCCCACGCGCAGCCGCCGACGUCGCUGCUCGGCCAGCUGUAUUUUCGGGAGAUGGCCUACGCGAACGCGUUGAAGCACGGCGCGGCCUUCGCGGCGUCGCCGUCGCCGGUCUGCGCCGACAUCCCCUGGGACGACCCGGCGACGGACGCGGCCGCGGCCGCGCGGCUGCGGGCCUGGGAGGCCGGCGAGACGGGCUACCCGUUCGUCGACGCGGCCAUGCGCCAGCUCAGGGAGACGGGCUGGAUCCACCACCUCGCGCGCCACGCCGUCGCCUGCUUCCUCACGCGCGGCGACCUCUGGCUGCCCUGGACCGAGGGCGCGCGCGUCUUCGACCGCGACCUGCUCGACGCGGACUGGGCCGUGAACAACUUCAACUGGCUCGGCCUCGCGGGCGUCGCGUCCUGGUCGCCGCCCUUCUUCCGCGUCUACAGCCCCGUGCCCAACCACAAGCAGAGCUCGCUCAACGUCGACGACGCGGCCGGCGCGUACGUCGACCGCUUCGUGCCCGAGCUCCGGAAGCUCCCGGCCAAGUACAAGUACGCGCCCUGGACCGCGCCGGCCGCCGUCCUCGCCGCCGCGGGCGUCGUCCUCGGGGACACGUACCCGCGGCCCCUCGUCGACCACAAGGUCCAGAGCAAGGACAACAUCGCGCGCUUCAAGGAGGCCCAGCAGCGCAACAGGGCGAACAAGCCCAAGCCCCCGCCCAAGGGCGCGCCCAAGACGAAGAAGCAGAAGGUCUAA